CUGCCAGAGGAGAGCCAUACUGACUAAGAAGCUGGUACAGUUGACCGGGGCCAAGAAGAAGAUUCUGCCACCGCCGCCGAAGACAAAAUACACAUGGGACAUGCUGCACGAGGAUGACUCCACCGAUGACGAGGGCAAGGUCACCCACAAGCGUCCGCCAGCACCCACCUGGAGUCGCAGCCAUGUACGCGGCGAAGCGAUUGCCAUGCAGAGCCACUGUCCCACCGAUGUCAUCGACAGCUUCUUCUCGGUGGCCCCCACCACUCCGGACCUGAAACUGAUUUUCCCCAACAUCGAUCCCAGCCAGCUGAAGCGCAACUCCAGCGUGCUCUGGUCCACGCCCCCACGCUACUCGGAGCUCCCAAAAUACUAGUUAUACACAAACACGUAUGUAUAUAAAAUAAUCCCCUGUUUUUAUACC